ACUCUGAUUCAAAGCCGUCAAAAAAACAUGUCAAACAAAUGUCAAAUCAGACGAAAAUUGUAUCGCGGCCAUUAAAUUUUGCAUACUUUCCAUAUUCUUGCAUGAAAAUACUUGUUUAUAAUCUAAAUAAGUGGCAAGUUUGGUGAACUUUCAUUGUUUUUUCAAGUAGGAACCUACCAUAAACGGAGAAGAAAAGGAAUGAAAUGAGCGCAUGCGUCUGACUGACUGCUUUCGGCCAUAUUGUUAUGACGCAUACAAGAUCAUAGUCUCCGCCAGUGACGAGUCUCCUCGCAGUUGACGUGGCUACUACGUACCAUCCCGUUCGCCCACUCCGGACGCAGCAUAGACGGUGACGAGGAAUACGUAACUGGUGACCUAAGUGGUAUGGACGGAAUGGUGGAGGAGAAUGGCACAUCUGGCGGUGCAGGCUCGGCAGAUCCGAUGUCGGGCGCGGGGUCUUCGGCCGCGACGACUCCACACGUUGUUGCUGUCACCAGUAUCGUUCAGCUCACACUGCCUACACAGGCCCCUUCGGCACAGGUUCAAAGUGUAAUACAACCAAACCAGCAGUCAGUCAUUCAAACUGCUUCCAAUAUACAGUCAGUGCAGUUGCCAAAAGGGAAUGUUAUACUUGUCAGCAAACCUAACUCUGUCAUACACACCACUCAAGGAUCAUUACAAACAUUGCAGAUUAAACCUGAGCCAAAUGCAGUUAUUGGAAGUCAAGGGCAGUCAUGCAGUGAUGACAGUUGCAGUGAUGAUGAAAGCCCAAAGAGGAAAUACAGAGAAAUGUUAAGUCGACGUCCAUCAUACAGAAAAAUACUGAAUGAUCUAGGAGGAGCUGAGAUUGCAGAAAAUCGCAUGGGAUCUAAAGCAGGAUGUGAGAACGAAGUGUCGCUGUCCUCUCCUUUGUCAUUUGCGCCAGUGAUUUCAGCUGGUGCUCUGCAAGGGGAAAGCGGGUUGCAUACGCUAGCAGUUUCCGGAGCGGCAGGGGGCGGAGCGAUUGUACAGUAUGCAAAUCAAGAUGCUCAGUUUUAUGUUCCCGGUCCAAUGUUAGAAGACCAAACUCGAAAACGUGAAUUACGGUUGCUUAAAAACCGUGAAGCUGCAAGAGAAUGCCGGCGUAAAAAGAAGGAAUAUAUUAAAUGCCUCGAAAACAGAGUUGCUGUGCUUGAAAAUCAAAACAAGGCACUAAUAGAGGAACUUAAAUCUCUGAAAGAACUUUAUUGCCAGCAAAAGACAGAAUGAGGCCCAGCCGGCUAACCGGGUGUGCCACCGCCCUGCCGGUGAGAGCUUUAGGCACACAUUGUCACUUCGUGCUGGCGUGCUGCUAUGAAAGGGGCCCAGAUCUUGCUUACGGUUUCCCGACUAGACAGUUGUGGACUUGAUCGUCGAUAUGACUCAUUCUGAUAAAUUCACAGAUUACCAUUUUAAGAUCAAGUGAAUAUAAGUAUUGUUAGAUUAUUUUGAUAAUGUUGAAUUGUUUUACUGUAUCUGUUCUGUUGUUGUUUUGAUAUCAGUUUCUAUAAUUUUAUAUUGACACCCUAGAAAAAAGUAUACAUAUUUGUACUAGUAAGGUACAGUGUUAAGUACCGAAAAUUCUAUAUUUUUACAAACAACAUUUUGUCUUAAACUUUCUUAAUAAAUAUUAUCGACCAUUCCAAUCCAUUAUAACUUAUACAAGUGGUAUCCUAGUUAAUCUUUAGUGCCAUUGUAACUGAAAAACACUAACUUGUUUAUUUUGCCCUCUUCAGUCUUUUCUAUCGCGCAAAGGUACUAGCCCGUACCUUGUAAGUACUCAUUCAUUUGAUUUAAGAAAUGAUAUUUUUUAAAUUUAAAAAUGUAUUCAUUUACUUUAACAGUUUUGUAGUAAACACUUUAAGUUUACUAUUAAUUGAUAAAGAAUAGAAAUCACUAUUAUUAAAAGCAUAAUGUGUGUCUGUGAUUCCAAGAUAUGAAAUUUUCCUCUAUUAAUGACUACUAUAUAAAUAUUAAAAAAUGUUGUUAAAUAAACAAUAAAAGGUUGUUAAUUAUUUUCAACACCUGUUCGGUGUUUGUGGAUAAGCCAAAGUUAAUGUUUAGUUUUAUUGUGCAAUAGUCAUAUUGCAAUGUACAGUUGAAUCUGUCUUCAAAUGAAAUAUAUUAAUGAAAUAAAAGUUUGUAAAUUGUGUAUGUAUAGAUUAUUAGGAAUGUAAAAAUAUAUAAUGUAUAUUUAAUAUAAACUUUGUAUAUAUAACGCCUAUGUGAAUGAGGAGGAAUGGUCGAUGUUGCAUAUCAUUAAAAAUUCAAUUAUAUGCAUUUUAAUCUUAACAUGAUUUGUAAGGAAUGCCGGUUUGAUUCAACAGACACCAUUCUUUCAUAAGGUUCACAUUAUUAUUAUGUGAAAGGGUAAUUAAGUUGACUACCAGAAUUGAAAUUAGAUUUUAUAAGUUGUCCUUGCCAUGGUUGUUACAGUAAUAAAAAAAUGUUUUAAGUUCAGUUUUAAUCGUAAUAAUAUCUUAUUAAAAUCACUAAAUUGAAGUUUAGAAUGAAAUCAAUCAUGGCAGAUAAUGUUAAGUAAGGUUAAUUAUAGACAUUGUGCAAAGUGCCUUUAAAUUUAGAAUGAGUAAAGUUUAUACCAAGAUAGCUUUUUAUGUUAACUUAAUGCUAUUUAUAAUAAAUAUUAAUAAUAUUGAUUGUUUGAUGUA